AUGUUCUGCUCACACACACACAUAUACACACUUUCUGUACACAGUCCCUCUGUGCUCACAUACUCACACACAUUCUGCAUACUCAAACACACACACACACACAAUUUCUGCUCCCAUACCCACACACAUACGUUCUGCAUGUACACACACGCAUACACACACUUUCUGUACACAAUCCCUUUCUGCUCGUACAGUCACAUGCACGCUCAAACACACACACACACACACAUUCUGCUCGCAUACACACUUAGUGUACACAAUCCCUUUCUACUCACACACUUUCUGCUUGCAUACACACUUAGUGUACACAAUCCCUUUGUGCUCACACACUUUCGGCACACACGCACUUUCUGCAUGCUCAAACACACACAAUUUCUGCACACACACACUCACACACACAUUGUUGCAUACACAGACGCUCACACACACACACACACACAUACACGUAUACACACUUUCUGUACACUAUCACUUUCUGUUCACACACACUUUCUGCUCACACAAACACUUUCUGUACACAAACACUACUUGCCUACACACCACUUUCUGCUCGUACACACACACACACACUUUCUGCUCACGCGCACACACACACUUCCUGCUCACAUGCACAAAUACAGUAAUACACACACACUUGAGCGCCCACACACACACUUCCUGCUCACGUGCACACAUGCACACACACACACUAACUUUAUGCUCACACAAACACUGCUCGCAAACACACACACACACACGCACGCUUCAGCGCCAACACACACACACUCCUACACACACUUUCUGCUCACACAUAUACAAACACUGCAUAACACACACACACACACACCUACACACACGCUCACACACACACACACACUCACGUUACGCUCACACACACACGCACUUUCUGCUGGCAUACACACACACACACACGCAUUUUCUGCUCACACAAACACUUUCUGUACACAAACACUACUUGCCUACACACCACUUUCUGCUCGCACACACACCUACACACACUUCCUACUCAGGUGCACAAAUAAACACACGCCUACACUUACACACACGCCUACACACACUUUCUGCUCACACAAACACUUUCUGUACACAAACACUGCUUGCAAACACACACACACCUACACACUUCUGCUCACACAUACACUUUCUGUACACACACACACACACACACACACACACACACACACACACACACACACUGGACAAUGCAAGGAAAGCGCAAAGAUGAAGAUUUGUCCAAAAGAACACAACAUGGUGGACUUAUCACAAUUGAUCUCCUGUGGCACUUCCUGUCCGUGCGCGAGCUACUUCCUGUGCAGCCACGUGACGUCGUUGUGAUCUGAUUGUUUUCCUGGCGCUCGCCCUGUCAUGGCGCCCAGCAGUCCCCGCCCACACAGGAAGGCAAGGUUAAAGACAUAAUACUCUACAUUGUACAUCAUCAACAUUUCUUCUUAUUUAUUUGUCCACAACUCUUCACUUCUGCAGUUUUGAUACCAGCGGACAGCGGACACCACAGUAGCGGAGCAUGCACACCACAAUAAAGGCCACAGCUCAGCUUUU